AUGCCACCUUAGCCCCAUCUCUGGCCACCGUCCCCCAAGCGCCCCAUUUCAUCCUCGAAGCUCCCCGCCUUUGAAGCUGAAUUGUCUCAACAAUCCUGUCCCCUGUCCCGUCGUGAGCAUAUUUCAUGCCUGUCCCUUGAUCCAUUGUAUUCGGCUUUCUCGUGAGUCCAGUUGCCGCUGCUCCUUGAUGGCAGACUUAGCUGGGGGUGGGGUGCUUUAAGUGAGAAUUAUACUAUCCUUCUUGGGAACAGUAAAGUGGGUUAGCUCUGUUGGUGAUAAGAGGUUCAGAUCGUUGUGGGCGUGACGCUGCGUCGAGAUGGCGUCCAUGAACGAGGUUAUGAACAAGAACAAUGAUCCUGAAUGGAUCACUGAGAAUGGUGAUGGGAAGGGUAAAAAGGGAAAGGGAGGUGGCGGAGGAGGUGGUGGUGGUGAAAAGAACAACAAUAAUAACAAGGGCGAGCAGAAAGACAACAAACCCAAGGCACCCUCAGUGCCUAAAUAUGAGUACAAAGUGAAGAUGUGCUGCCCCAAGUGCGAGGAGAAGGUUCUGGAGGAAGCCCGAUAUGCCCCUGGUGUGCAAUCAGUGAGCAUUGACCGUGGCCACAGCAAAGUUACUGUCGUAGGAUAUAUCGAUCCUGCGUCUUUGUUAAAGAAAUUCAAGAAGAACGUAGACAAGAAGGCGGCCAAUUGGCCUGUGGAAGCUAAGAAAGAAUCAGGUGGUGGUGGUGAAGGGAAAGCCAAACCUAAAGAAGGUGGUGGAGGAGGAGGAGGCGGCGGCGGUGGUGGCGGUAACAACAACAACCAGAACAAGAAAGAAGGAGGUGGGGGUAAUGGGGGUGGUGAAGGGAAGGCCAAGGCUAAAGAAGGUGGUGGUGGUGGUGGAGGCAAUGACAAUCAGAAUAAGAACGAAGGAGGUGGAGGCAAAGGUGGUGGAGGUGGAGGCGGAGGCAACAAUAAUCAGAAUAAGAAAGAAGGAGGCGGAGGUAAUGGGGGUGGUGAAGGGAAGGCCAAGGCUAAAGAAGGAGGUGGAGGUGGAGGUGGCGGUGGCAACAACAACCAAAACAAGAGUGAGGGAGGCGGAGGUGGAGGUGGAGGCGAAGGAAAGGCCAAGGGUAAAGAAGGAGGUGGUGGUGGAGGUGGCAACGACAAUCAGAAUAAGAACGAAGGAGGCGGAGGUAAAGGUGGCGGCGAAGCGAAGGCUAAAGGUGGUGGCGGAGGUGGUGGAGGUGGCAACAAUCACCAGAAUCACAUCCAGAACAACGACAGGAAAAUGGAAUAUCCAGCAUCUUUCCAGCCACACAGCUAUGACUAUAGAGGAUUUCAACCUACGAUGGAUCCCAGAACAAUGUAUGCGGAUCCUAGGAGCUCAUAUGGAGGAAUGGACCCUCGAAUGUCGAACGGAGGAAUGGACCCACGAAUGUCGAACGGAGGAAUGGACCCACGAAUGUCGAACGGAGGAAUGGACCCUCGAAUGUCGUACGGAGGAAUGGACCCUCGAGUCCCAUAUGGAGGAAUGGAUCCUCGAGUUCCAUACGGAGGAAUGGACCCACGGGUUGCAUAUGGAGGAGGUGGAUACCACUACCGCUCUGCUGAACCUGAAAGAGGUUAUCAGCCCAAAGACAAUUACUUUAGUGAUUACAGACCCAGCCAGUCUUACCCUGCUAAUUUCCGCAAUCACGACUACAACAAUCAACCCAUCACAAACCCACACUACAUGAAGAGCAUUCAGUAUUGAGCAACGAUUCUGAUUUUGCGGAACAUUGUCGCAUAAAUAUUACGGGGUGGCCUCCGUGUUGCGAAUGGUCUGAUUGGGAGGCAGUUGUCUUUUAAAGAGACUUGGUCGACUCUGCAUGGAGUUGGGUGGGUGUGAUUUACCAGUGUUGUUUCUGCAGGUAUGCCUGAUUUAAAAGCACUGUAUAUAUAUGACAGGGUGCUCUUAGUUGUUGCGGAGAGCCAGCUUCUAUAGAGCGGAGAUGGGUAGUUUUGACACAAGUCUAGCAUGUGUCAGAAAGUACGAUAUUGGUGUGUUCGUGUUACUAUGUCUUAUUAUAUGCAUAGAGUUGUGGAUUCCAUGAAUGUGAAUCCUACUCGAUACAGCGUGUGUGAAAAGACGCAGAUGCAAAGAAGAGCAAUUCUUUCUUUAAAUUGGAAGUGGGAUCAAAGAUUGAUCAACGAAGUUGAAUGUUCUCAAA